AUGUCAUCAGCAAAAGUCAAGAAGGACAAAGAGAUUAUUGCAGAAUAUGAGACCCAAGUCAAAGAGAUCCGGAACCAGUUGGUGGAGCAGUUCCGGUGCCUGGAGCAGCAGAGCGAGUCGCGGCUGCAGCUGCUUCAGGACCUGCAGGACUUCUUUAGACGGAAGGCCGAGCUGCAGCUGGAGUUCUCCCGAGGCCUCGACAAACUGGCUGAGAGAUACUCCUCUAAGAUCCGCACAGCCAGAGAGCACCAGCACUACAAGAAAGACCAGCACCUGGUGUCCACAGUGAACGGCUGGUACCUGGUUCUAGAGCAGACGCGCAGAGAGAGCCGCGACCACGCCACGCUCAGCGACAUCUACAACAACAACGUGAUUGUGCGGCUUGCCCACAUCGGAGAGGAUGUCAUCAGGCUCUUCAAAAAGAGCAAAGACAUUGGUGUCCAGAUGCACGAGGAACUUGUGAAAGUCACCAAUGAGCUCUACACUGUGAUGAAGACCUACCACAUGUACCACAGCGAGAGUCUGAGUGCAGAGAACAAGCUGAAGGAGGCGGAGAAGCAGGAGGAGAAACACAAUCACAAAUCCAACGACAGCGGACUCCUGCGCUACGGCCACGACGAGCGACCACAGAGGCGGAGCUCCGUCAAGAAGAUGGAGAAGAUGAAGGAGAAGAGACAAGCAAAGUACUCAGAGAACAAGCUGAAAUGCACAAAAGCCCGUAACGACUAUCUGCUCAACCUCACCGCGACCAACGCCCUAGUGGCCAAAUACUACAUCCACGACGUCUCCGACAUGAUCGAUUGCUGUGACCUGGGCUACCAUGCCAGCCUGGCCCGCACUUUGAGAACCUACCUAUCGGCUGAGUACAGCUUAGAGACCUCUCGUCAUGAAGGUCUGGAUCUGCUGGAGGGAGCAGUGGACGCGAUGGACAUCAGAGGAGACAAGCUGAAGUUCAUGGACAUGCACUGUCAGAUCUUCUGCCCUCCAGCGCGCUUCGACUACCAGCCGCACAUGGGCGAUGAGGUGUGUCAGGUGAGCGCGCAGCAGCCGGUCCAGACGGAGCUGCUCAUGCGCUACCACCAGCUGCAGUCUCGCCUCGCCACGCUCAAGAUAGAAAACGAAGAGGUGAGGAAGACCCUGGAUGCCACGCUGCAGACCCUCCAGGACAUGCUGACAGUGGAGGACUUCGAUGUGUCCGAUGCCUUUCAGCACAGCCAGUCCACCGAGUCCGUCAAGUCUGCAUCCUCCGACUCCUACAUGAGCAAAGCUAACAUCACCAAGAGACGGGCCAACCAGCACGAGACCGAGGGCUUCUACUUCACUAAAUACAAGGAGUACUUGAAUGGCAGCAACCUCAUAGUGAAACUUCAGGCCAAACACGACCUUUUGAAGCAGACGCUGGGGGAAGGGGAAAGGGCUGAUUAUGGAACAACCAGGCCCCCCACUCUCCCCCCUAAACCCCACAGAAUGAGGAAGUAUAGACCGUGCUCCGUUUUUAACCGUAAGCUGUUUAACGGCAAUAUGGCGGCAUUCAUCCAGGUACCAGCUCUGUGCCCUCUGUGUCUGCGUGGGCUGGGGAGAAGAAAUGUCCGUGCCAGAAGUCAGGACUCCGGGCAGCCCAUACCUGCAGUGGUUGAGAGUUGUGUUCGCUACAUCAAUCUAUAUGGUCUUCAGCAGCAGGGUAUAUUCCGAGUACCUGGAUCCCAAAUAGAAGUCAAUGAUAUCAAGAAUGCAUUUGAAAGAGGAGAGGACCCGCUCAUGGACGACCAGGCGGACCAUGACAUCAACUCUGUAGCCGGAGUCCUCAAGCUUUACUUCAGGGGUUUGGAGAAUCCACUCUUCCCAAAAGAGCGCUUCCUCGACCUCCUGACCACCACCAAGCUGGAUCCUGGGGCUGAACGAGCGCGUCACCUCCAACAGAUAGUUGGGACUCUACAAAGACCUGUCAUUAUUGUCAUGCGAUAUCUCUUCGCUUUUCUAAACCAUUUAUCGCAGUACAGUGAUGAGAACAUGAUGGACCCCUACAACCUGGCGAUCUGCUUCGGUCCCACUCUCAUGCCCAUUCCGGACGACCAGGACCCUGUUUCCUGUCAAGCCCACGUCAACGAAGUCAUCAAAACAUUUAUUAUGCACCAUGAGGCCAUCUUCCCAACCCAAAGAGAGCUGGACGGCCCGAUGUAUGAGAAAUGCAUGGCUGGAGGGGAGGAGUACUGUGAAAGUCCGCACAGUGAUGCAGGCGCUCUGGAUGAAGUGGACAAUGGCACUGGACCAAACACAAGUGAUGAAGAGCUGGAGCAGAUUGAGGCCAUAGCAAAGUUUGACUACGUCGGGCGUAGUCCCAGAGAGCUGUCCUUUAAGAAAGGGGCGUCUCUGCUGCUGUAUAUGCGAGCGUCUGGCGACUGGUGGGAAGGACGGCACAACGGAGUGGACGGACUCAUCCCACAUCAGUACAUCGUGGUGCAGGACAUGGACGAUGCUUUCUCAGACGGGCUCCACAGGACGGACAGUGAGACGAGCAGCGUUCACCAUGACGACAGAGCAGUGAGAGAGAACCAGACUGAGCACACGCCCGAGCACCGCUUUGGCCCUGCACACAGCAGAGUCAGAGUGCGUUCAGAUGGAGCUGCAGUUCCUCGUCACAGACACACGGGGGAUGGUCACAGCCCGCCUCGAGCAGAGCCCCCUAGAGUCCUGCCCCGGCCCUGCAGCCCUCAAAAGAUGGCCGUGAGCAGAGGUCCUAUGGACAGCCCAGAGAAGAGGCGCCUCACUACCUUUGGCAGCUCAGGCCACAUCAGCCACUCUCAGCGCGCCUCCCCCAGCACCACACGCCACGCCAGCCUGGGCGACCACAAGGCCCUGGAGGCUGAGGCUCUGGCCGAGGACAUAGAGAAGACCAUGAACACAGCUCUACAUGAGCUGAGAGAGCUGGAGCGGCAGAAUGUAGCCAAACACGCUCCGGACGUGGUGCUGGACACUCUGGAGCCCAUGAAGCACCCAGGGGUGCAGGACGUGCCGGGCAGCCCCCUCCAUACCAUGGUGAUCCGGGACCCUGACGCAGUGCAGAGGCGCAGCAGCAGCAGCUCCUCCUCUGAAACCAUGACCACUUUUAAACCCUCUCUGAGCAGCCGCCGGCCCAGCGCCCCCAUGAGGCCUCCACCGGUACGACCUGUGAGACCAGCUCCUGUCCUGGGGCAGGGACCUGGGCCGCAUCGCUCUAGCAGCUCCAGCUCCUCUGGCUUAGGCAGCCCGGGCAUCACACCCACAGAGAGGGGCUUCCCCAAGGCCCCCUCCCCUUCUCCCUCCACCUCCUCCUCCUCCUCAGACAAACAGGGGAACAUGUAG